AGUUAGUGCCAUGGGCGGAUGUUAUCGGCGUGGCACUGUCGGGGGCGGGGUUGAAGGGUCGGACAGGAAAAGAAAAGGAAGGCGAGGACGUUGAAAUACAACGAUGGCUGCGAUCCGUAAGAAACUGGUCAUUGUAGGUGAUGGAGCUUGUGGAAAGACUUGUCUGCUCAUUGUGUUCAGCAAGGAUCAGUUUCCUGAGGUUUAUGUACCAACAGUGUUUGAGAACUAUGUUGCUGAUAUUGAGGUGGACAGUAAGCAGGUUGAACUGGCACUGUGGGACACAGCAGGGCAGGAGGAUUACGACAGAUUGAGGCCUCUUUCCUAUCCUGACACUGAUGUCAUCCUCAUGUGCUUUUCCAUAGACAGCCCUGACAGCUUGGAAAAUAUCCCUGAGAAGUGGACCCCCGAAGUUAAGCACUUUUGUCCAAAUGUGCCGAUAAUUCUUGUUGGUAAUAAGAAAGACCUGCGAAAUGAUGAGCACACACGACGGGAGCUGGCAAAGAUGAAGCAGGAACCCGUAAAGCCCGAAGAGGCGCGUGACAUGGCUAGCCGCAUCAACGCCUUUGGCUACUUAGAAUGCUCCGCCAAGACGAAAGACGGCGUGAGAGAGGUGUUUGAGAUGGCCACAAGAGCAGCUCUGCAGGCUAAGAAAAGGGGCAAGAAGAAUGCCUGCCUUUUGCUAUAAAGAGCUUGGCAAUGAUGGGAGUGGGAGGGUAAGGGGAAACCAAUCAAGCAGAGGAAAAUGCUGCACCUCUGCUUAGUCUCCAUGCACGGAAGGAUGGAGGAGGUUCCAGGGGGAACAAGGGAGUAAAAGAUUUUUAAACCAGGCCAAAGGAAACGGAGCAGAUGGAGGUUAAAUGUAAUGAAAAAGGGAGUUCACACAUUUUUAUGGCCAAGGUGAUUGCAAUCAGCUCUCAAAUGAAGAGAAAUGUGCAGUUUAAGAUUUUCAAUUGGGCCUCAGACAACUAGAUGGCUGAGAAAAUACAUAAUAUAUCUCUUGGGUAAACUUUGGUUCGAGUGUAGUAGUGCCCAGCACUACUUCAGUCUCUGAUGGGGUGUGUGUGUGACAAAAUUGAUGUUCUUGAUUGGGUCCUAAACCCCAGCACUAAUGCUCUGGUUAAAGAGUUCUGCAUUGUCAGAAAAAUAGGGGAUUAGCUGCAUCAGAAUCCAUGCACAUGCCUAACUUUCUCAGUGAUCGCCCUGGCUUGCAGUGUCUGUCUGCGCUUGUCUUCCGUUUCUGUCCAUAGGUAUUUUAUUUUUCUGUUCUCCCUUCUCAUGGAUAGACUAACCCCUACUGUUGUGUGGACCAGCUUCUCCUUUAUGAAAUAUUAUCAUUGGUCUGAUCUUAUAGUUGAUUUGAUACAAGCAGUUUUGCAUUAUUUAAAUAGCCAACAUGUUUUUAUUUGCCUUUUGAAUAUAAAUUCAUAUUAAAUGCAUACACAAGUAACGAUACUAACUGAUUUUCUUAUAUACCUAUUUAUGUAUUGUAAUCAGGAAUAAUUUUAGAAUUUGGUUUAUCAUUAGUUGGACUAAUAAUAUUAAGAUAUAACCUACACUUGAUGUGGACUGUCGGACACACUGUUGGGUUUGAAAGGGGAUAUCAUUUUGUAACGAAUGGUAUUAAGGGUUUAGAAAAUUUGGUAUUUUCUGCUUGCAUAUUGUUUUUUGCCUGCAUGUCAGGCUGUUAAUCAGGAGUGACCCAAUACAUGUUUGAAUUACUUAUUUUUCACUCCAUGCCAGUCCACCCUUUUUACAUGUCUUUUACUCCCUUUUCUCUUGUACUGGACGUUUAAUCUUUUUGUGGCAUUCUACUGGCUUAUUAUUCUGUAUUAGUUCUGCAUAUUUUGCUAAAUCUAGUAACUCUAGUAAAAAAAACUGUAAAAAAUAUGCUUAAACUUGAAAAUUCAUGAAAGGAAUAUGACAAGAUGUCAAACUACUAUUGAAUGCAAGUAAUUUCUUAAAGAUCUGUCAUUUUUGAGGGGGACAUUCUUUUGUACACAGAUGCAUCCUCACAUUUCUUUGAUGUUAAAUAAAUAAAUUGUAAUAGAGAA